AUGUUCUUUAUUCCUACCUUACCAUUCCUUGACUCCUCCAUCGACUUUGCCACCAUCUCCUUCAUUGCUGCCCUCCUCAUCCUCUCUCUUUUCUCGAUUUGCUUCAUAUUUCACCUCCGUUUUAAAUCCAGAAGCUCCUGUCAUUUGCAGAACUUCAACUCUCUCUGGACCGUCCGAUUCCUUUUUGUCUUCUUCAUCACCUUCUGGGCAUUGACAGAACUGCUACGCCUACCCUUGUUUCGCAGACGAUAUUUUUAUCCUCUCUUGCCACAGCUAACCGUGCCACAACAAGCCAACCUUUGCAAAGUCCACCUUGUUCUCUCUUUAGGGUUCUUCGAGCCUGGUUUCCUAGUAACUUUGCUUUUCUUGCUUGAUGUCUCCGUCAAGAAAACAACCCCAAGAAGCUUCUUCAGCGUUUUCUUUGUCUUGGCCUCGUGUCUUCCCAUUUUCCUUUUACAAGUUUACUUUGUGUUCUUUCCGGAUUCCAAGAGACGUUUCCCAGAACUUUUUCAUAGGAGUUGGUUCGUCUCCUGGAACAGUGAUGAUCAUAAGACGGUUUUGUGUGCGUACCCUUUGCUAAGCACCAUUUUGUUCGGCGUUUUUGGAGCUGUCUUUUCAUUGUCAUUCUUGUUAUCAUUCUGGCGAGUCGUCUCUCAUGUAAUCAACAAGGCCCUCAAGGUUCGAAUCUUUGCUCUCGCUUUGACAGUCAUCAUAGCGUUGCCAUUGCAAAUCCUCUUUAUGGGGUUGUCAGUGUUAUGGACACCGGACAAGACCGGUUUCGAUGGAGUAGCUCUAUUUGUGUUCCUUAGCACGUUCACUUGCGCAGUGGUUGGAGAGGGCAUUUUGGUGAUUAAACCGAUAGCAGACUCGUUGGCCGCGGAAGAAGGAGCAAGAGGAGACAGUUAUCGGGGUAGCAGUCACGGUGAAAGGUCGUCUCGGCGCCCCCUGUGUACCUUGUAA